ACCAAGUACAAUUUUCUUUUCUUUUCUGAAUUUUGCAGUAACUUUCUUUCUUGAUCUGUCUAGGGAUCCUAUAACUCCUUUCUUCUUCUACCUAUAAUCACCUUUUCUGUUUUUUCAGUCAUAAAAGUUUUCAACUCAGCUUAUUAAAAUGGCAGCUGGGCAGUUGAAAUCUGUUGCCUCACUACUUUUGGUGCUUAAUUUCUGCAUGUAUGUUGUAGUUUUGGGCAUUGGUGGUUGGGCUAUGAAUAGAGCCAUUGAUCAUGGCUUCAUCAUUGGUCCUGAUUUUAGUCUCCCAGCUCAUUUCUCCCCCAUAUACUUUCCAAUGGGAAAUGCUGCAACAGGGUUUUUUGUCACAUUUGCAUUGAUCGCCGGAGUUGUUGGAGCCGCUUCAGUCCUCGCCGGAGUCAACCAUAUUCGCUCUUGGACCGUCGAGAGCUUACCAGCUGCUGCCACUGCUGGUGUCAUUGCAUGGACUCUCACUGUCCUCGCCAUGGGAUUUGCAUGCAAAGAGAUUCAACUCGAGCUAAGGAAUGCUAAAUUGAGAACUAUGGAAGCAUUCUUGAUCAUCCUUUCAGCCACACAGCUUGUAUACAUAGCAGCCAUUCACAGCGUUGGACCAAGAAGAUAAAUUUGAGAGUUAAAAAGAGUUUGAGAGUUAAUAGGGUGGCUUAAAAUUGUGUGCUUUGUCCCUUUUUUUUUUUAUCUUACUUAAUUUUUUUUGUAAUUUUAUUGUUAUUCUCUUUACUGUGCCAAAAUCUUGUUAGGAGGAUUGUUGGCAAUGGCAAUUUGUUGUGUGAUUUGGUGUGAUGUGAAUUGAUUUGAUUGGUUUAUUUGUAAAAAAAAAAAGAAAUAAAAGUAUUUGUGAAAUACAAUGAAUUCUUCAU